AUGAUGAUGACUGUAUCGAUAACUGAGGAUCCUGGCAGGUCAAUCGAUGUGUACUUAAGGCCGUUGGUUGAUGAGCUGAAGGAUUUAUGGACAAACGAUGUGCGUACGUUCGAUAAAUCGACUGGGAAGAUGUUCACUUUACGGGCAGCAGUUAUGUGGACUGUGAAUGAUUUUCCCGCAUAUGCAAUGGUUUCUGGAUUAAGCACAAAGGGUUAUAUGACAUGCCCUGUAUGCAAGGAAGAUGUAACUUCUGGUUCGCAUGCUAGAAAAGUUUGUUAUCUUGGUCAUCGGAGAUGGUUGUCAUGGGACCAUGAGUGGCGGACAAAGGAUAAAGAGUUCGACGGAAACAUAGAGCGUCCCCUCAGACCGAGGGAAUGGUCCGGUGAUGAGAUCUUGGAACAGUUUAACCGUUUGGAUUUUGCUCCGUUCGGAAAAACAGUGAAAACAUUGCGAAAGACAGACAUUAAUCAGUUGCGGCAUGACAUUGUCCAAGUCCUAUGCAAGUUUGAGAUGAUAUUCUCUCCAGCUUUCUUUACAAGUAUGAUCCACGUGAUGAUUCACUUGCCAGAAGAGGCAUUGCUUGCUGGUCCUGUCAACUAUCGUUGGAUGUAUCCAAUAGAAAGGCCUCUCGGCGAGCUGAAAAAAACUGUAUGCAACAGGACGAAGCCCGAAGGAUCAAUUAUAGAGGCAUGGGUUCAAUAUGAGUCGCUUACUUUCUGUGGAAUGUAUUUAAAAGAUGUCGAGACGACUUUCAAUCGUCUUCAGUGCAGUAAUGACGAAAGUGUGAGAAAUGAGAAACUUUCUGUUUUUGUCCAAAGCGCACGACCCUUUGGAGAUCCUGCACGAGGAGAGUCAUUUUCCAGAAAUGAUAUGGAGGUAGCGUAUUGA